AUGAAUCUGAGUGAGAACAUUGUUAUUCUGGAAGCAAAUAUCAUCUCGGCGAAUUCCACGAAUUCUUCCCAUGCUGUCGAAGACGUUCUGGUUUCGGAAUCUCUUCGGCGCCUCAUCGACAUCGUGUUUGUCGUUGUCUUCUGCAGCGUGUUAUCUGUCUUCGGAAUCGCCGCCAACAUCAUCAACAUCCUUGUGUUUUACAAGCAGGGAUUGACCAGUACCGUCAACAUCGGGUUCAUGGCUUUAGCUAUAUCCGACCUCUGCGGACUGCUGACUUUAGAGUGGUACUGCAUCUGUUUCAACCCGCUGUUCAGUAAUAACCCGCGGGUUCCUUUUGUGUCGACGGAGAUUCACCAUCUGACAGCGGGGUUGCCUCAUUCUUGCUUUGUGAGAAUCACUGCGUGGAUAACCGUGUACAUGACGGCGGAGAAGUGUUUGUGUAUUGUCUCCCCGCUAAAGAUUAAAAGAAUCAUAACAGUCCGGACUACAACUCUAGUCCUAGCUAGUAUCAGUCUCGUUAUCGUACUAGCAUUAGUACCCGAAUACAUCAACGCGUACUUUGACUGGAAAUUCUACCCAGAAUUCAACCGCACGGUUGUCGGUCUAGUUUUCAGAACCGACCAACCAGCUCUGAACGGGUUGACUUUUCUUCUCUACUCCAUCAUCAUGAUCACGUCAUUUCCCUCCGUCAUCAUCUUCACUGCGAUCCUGGUCUUUUUCUUACGUCGCCAAACAAAAUGGCGGAAACGUUCCACCCUCCACGACAACAAAACGGAAGCGUUAACACAGCGAGACAGGGUAGCUACAGCUACGGUCAUGACGAUAGCCACAGUGCUAAUCGUAACCCUGACCCCCUCGUUCAUCUUCUUCACCAUCGGGUUUUUCGUCCCCGGGUUCAGCGUUACCGGGAAAUACAGGGAGCUUUUCCUGACCUUGGCGUCAUUCGUCCUCUGCGCUGACGCCGCUAACUCCAGCGUCGGCGUCAUACUCUACUAUAGGAUGAGCUCUAGGUACAGACAGACUUUCCACGAGCUGUUUUCUGUCUGUCGGCUCCAAAAGUAG